AAAAAGUGUUGUUCCACACCGGUUCAUUCACAAAGCCACUCCGGAUUACUCCAACCCCGUGAGAAGCUCCUUCUCCGGGCUGACCCACUUUGUUGUGUCACAACUUUUCACAAAAUGAAAAUGUCCGCGGCUGAGCGCUCCCAUGUGCUCAAGGAGGGCGAGUUGGAGAAGAGGAGCGACAAUCUGCUCCAGUUUUGGAAGAGGAAGACGUGCGUCCUGACCACGGACAGCCUCAAUAUGUACGCCGACACGCAGAAGCGCUCCCGGGGCAAAGAGCUGAAGCUGCAGUGCAUCAAGAAAGUGGACUGCGUGGAGCGCACCGGCAAGUUCGUCUAUUUCACCAUCGUCACCACCGACAACAAAGAGAUAGACUUCCGUUCCUCCGGGGAGGACAACUGCUGGAAUGCGGUCAUCACCAUGGCCCUCAUCGACUACCAGAACCGGAAGGCCAUAGAGGACUUUAAGACGCGCCAGGACAAUGAGAGCGCGUCCCCGGGCCAGCAGGAGAGGCGCAUGGCGAGGGCUCCCUGAGCCCCCCGCCCACCCAUAAUCAAUAUCUCCUAAUAUGGGUGUGUGUGGGACCACACGUGAAAUAAUCAUUGUCGGACCAAAAGAAAAGGGCACAGAUGACGUCAUCCGGUCCGGACACGCAGGAUUGUGGACUGAGCUGUCAUGGUGUCGCUUUUAAAGCUCCCACCAGAGAUUUUCCAAACUGCACUCACAUGGACUGAAGAGUGAAAUUUGCUCCACUUGAGGGGGAGAAGAUUUUUUUUUUAAGUUAAUUUAUUCGUUUCCAGGAAAUUGUGUCUCUACUGGUAAACUUGUGCUUGUGUAUUGUUUAAAUUAUUUGCUAUUUCCAAGUGUGGAAUGUGUGUAUUUAUUACAAUAAAUAUUCAUGCUUUUUUGGACAUAAUCUGAACUUUUCUGGAUGUUGUAUUGUUCAGCAAUAGAGUGGGACAUUUUGGUGCAGACUGAGGUCAUUUUACUUCAUGUCUAAGUGUGUGAAUUGCAAUGAGGAAAUGGAUCCAAAUGAAAUUCCCACAGGCUUUCUUAAUGGCACGAUUAAACGCAUAGACAAGAAAUAGGCUUUGCUGUGACAUACAGUAUGUGCCAAGCGUAUUCCUCAUUGCAUGUCUCCUGACCUUGCCGGCAGUAGCAGUUAUAUUCUUUGCCCUGCCAAAGUUCUCAGCAUAGCCACAUUUCUCAGUAAAUGCCAGGCAUGCUCUGUCAAAUGAGGAAAGGCGGACCGGAAAGUCCCUUUCCUUUCUGCUGUCAGGUGGAAUGUGGUUCUUUAUUCAGGCUUCAGUCAUAACUGAUAAGCGGCGCUGGCUUUGUGGGCAGCAGACACACCUUAACUACUUCCAAGGUGUGGCAGAUGCAUGUGACAGAUUGGUUUGGCACAUAUCUGGCGUUUCAUAAUGUCUGAAGGUUGUUGGCUGCUGUUUAAACAUGCACUCGCUCCUUGUCGGAUCGAUUUUAUGCUUUUGUUAUAGCUCAGUUUCU